AUGUCUACUUCUCCUUCUACUUCUACUUUAGUCAAACGAACAUUCGAUCAAGUCGAAGAACUCUCCACUGUGAUAAUAAUGAUUAAAAAAGAUUACAGUUAUUAUCUCGAAUUAUCAAAUUGGCAACUCAAUACCGAAGUUGAUGAAGAUAUAUAUGUUGAGGCGUUUCCUCUUCUUUCGGAUCGUAUUAAAUUUAUAGAAGAUUUAAAGAAUUAUUAUGAAGCAAGAAAAACUGUUUUUUCUCGUAUCGAAAGAAUUCUUUCUAAAGAAAAAGAUCAUGAAUCGUUCGAUGAAAUCCAAAAAUAG